AUGCGUGGUGACACCGUGGCUGACCGUGUCCUCCUGAAUGUCACCAUCUUGGGUGAGAGGGACCCCCGGGUGCCAGCCCCUGUCCUUGGCCUCAGCCCUGUCUGUGUCCCCACAGUGCCCGUGGCCAAUGCCACCAUCACCCCCGGUCCCCCGGCUCUCCAGGUGCACCCAGGUGACCCCGUGACCCUGCGCUGCUCGGUGCAGGUGGGCUCAGCCCCUGUCACCUUCACCUGGCUGCAUGAUGGGCAGGAGGUUGGCCAGGGUCCCCUCCUGGAGCUUGGGGCCGUCGAUGUGGGACAUUCGGGCACCUACCAGUGCGUGGCCACCAACCAGCUGGGACAGGACUGGCACCGCGUGUUCUGGGCACUCAGCCCAGAGCUGGCCCUGGAGGUGACACCACAGGGAACCACUGGACACCACUGGAUCACAGUGGCCGCAGGCCUUGGCGGGUCCCUCCUCUUCCUGGUCCUGCUUGUGGGUGGAGCUGUCAGUUGGCACCGGUGGAACAACAUGGCUGCCAGGAAGCAGCAGGAAAGGGCCCCCCCCAGAGCCCCUGGCCCCCCCAGAGGAGGGGGAGGUGCUGUACACCCACGUCGUGAGCACCAAGCAGAUGGGGGUGUCCCCACGUGCCACCACACUCCAGGAUCCCCAGAUGACCUACGCAGAGCUGCCAGCAACCCAUGGGCGACAACGGACAUACGGGGACAUCUAUGGGAAUGUGCUGUGACACUCAGGGCAAGGCUGGGCACUUGGAGUACUGCAGGCACUGGGGGACUCUUGGCACACUGGGGGACCCCACCCAUGGGCAGCCACACGUGUGUUUCCCUUCCACUGCUCCUGUGGGUGUCAAACAUUCACGUAGAGGUGGGCACAAUGGGGGGUCACAUGUGAGGCUGCACAGGGCACCCAGAGCUCCCCACGCCCCCUGAACCCCCAAGGGCUUCCCCACACCCCUCCCACUACCACCAGUGGUUCCCCAUUCCACAUCCAAAUACUCACAGGACCCUUAGAAAUGUCCCCAUUCUCUCCACAUUGUGCUCCCUGUACUCACAAGGGCUCCCUAUUUCUCCUCCCAGUGCCCCUCCAUUGCUCCCAGUAGAUCCAGGUGGCUCCCAUUCUCUCUCCCAGUACCCCUGUACUGCUAGUGGCUCUGCAAUGCCCCUAUCAGCACUCCCAAUACACCCACAGCUCCUCAUCUCUCCUCCCAGUGCCUGGGGAAGCACAGGACUCAUUGCCCUCUUAUUGGCACCAAAAUGCAUCUUUUUGGUUCAACUGGCAGAGAUGUUGCUUCUUUGUUUAGCUCUGUCAGGCUUUAGGAAUGGGAUUCUCCAAUUUUGGGCUGUCAUUACACACCAGUGUUCUGGAUUCCUUCUCCCCUGUCUCAAACCCCUCCUGUGCCGUGGUCCCCACAUGAUAAUGUCACAAAGGCCCUGAGGGCUUUCUUCAGCCUCCCUGUUUUCCAAGGCAGUCAGGUUCAGGCCAUGGCACAGGGUGGGGUGUCAGUGUCAGGAAAAGUUGGAUCUCGAGACACUUUGGAACACCUGUGUGUGACAGGGCUGGGCCAGGCCUUGCUUUUCAGUGACACAGGGCCCCGUGUGUCAGUCAGUCUGUCAGCCAUGGCACACUGGGGAGAGUGGGAUGCUCUGCCGAACCCAGUUCCUGAGUGGCUGAGUGAUCAGGAGUCCCACCUUGGGAGAGGGCAUUUGGUGGCCCAAGGGAUAAAAAGGCAGAGCAUGAGGUGGCCAAGUGUCUGACCCUGUCUGCUCUUGGAGUGUCUGCCUCAUCUGGAACACUGGAACACUGGAAUCCAACAGGAGUUGGAAACUGUCUUGGUUUGAAAGAGAAACCUCUGCGAAGGAAAGCAGGAACCUUCCUGGAAUGGAAAGAGGACCCAUCCCUCAAAAUGUUAUAACAGACAAUUAUGGGGCUUCCAGGGAAAAUUGUAAGAAAAGAUAGAACAGAUAAAUGCUAGGAAAUUUACAGAACACAACAGAAUAAACAGCAAGCCAAGAAUAGAAAUUU